GUGUGGCAAUUAAUUUCCUCUCAAUCCCCAAUUGAUUCUACUCUCUCUUCCUCUCCACCUACAGCUCUGUACCACAAUCCCUAGGUUGUUUCCCCUCUUCUCUCUAUGGCCAUGGCAGCAGCAUUCUAAUUGCGCAGUCCUUCAGUUGAAUUUUAGUAUUAUGGCUCAAUCGGAAACCCUUCCCCAAAAUGGCGCGGAGGACUUCGACCGCGUGCCCCUUAAACAGCGCCUCAAGUUGCUUUUCGCCUCCAAUUGCAUCUCCAUCGACUCCGAAUUGAAAUCUCGCCGACUUCAGCAAACCCCUGAGCCUCCAUUCCCUGCAAUUCGCCAUUCUGGAAAAUUUAAACACGAAAAUGACUCCGAAAAUAAGUGCGUUAAAUCAAGUCAUGUUACUGCUGCUGGAGUAUAUGAAUCGUUGGUUGUUGAAAGUCCUAUCAAAGUGAAGAUCGAAGAUGGUGAAAACAAUGUUGGUAGCUGUUGUUUUGGGGACUGUAAACAUGUCUCCAACUGCAUUGGGAUCGAAUCGAAUUCUAAAGCCGAGAUGAGGCAUGAACAUUUGGAUGAACUGGAUCAUGUGGUUCUAAAAGAACGAUUAAGGAGGCUGCUAACAAGUGAAUGCUUGGGAUUGUCCUCGCAAAUGCUGAAGGCACCUUGCUAUCUCUCUGGUGACGGUCCGAUUGUGCAAACUCCAGAUAUACCUAGCUUAGCAAAUGUUAAAGUUGAAGCUCCAAAUCCUGAUGAUUUUAAGAGUUCGAAUGCAAGUACUGUGGGUCCAAUGUCAUCUAGUAACUUUGUCCCAUUGAAAGCUGAAGUUCAUACUGCUGGUGAUACACUUGUAGAUGACUUGGAUCAUUUGUUGUUGAGAGAGCGAAUGAAACUGUUGUCAUCGAGAAAUGCUCCUAGUUCAAACACAGAUCAAAGUCCUAUAUCUAUGAGCAAAAUGAAGCAUUCUGCUUCAGGUUGUUGGCUAGAUCGAUCAAAACCUACCCAUUCAGUGAAAAUCAACCGCCUAAGGAAAAGACAAAAAACCGCUACGGAUUCAAUUGAAACUGCUAUGGAAGAAGAUGCCCCUGGACUCUUGCAGGUUUUGAUAGAUAAAGGUGUUGCACUUGAUGAAAUUAAGCUUUAUGGUGAACCAGAAAGCAAAGAUGCUUUGGAUGAUUCAUUCAUGCAAGACAGCUUUGGAGAGCUAGAAGAAGUUAUUACAAAGCUUUUCUCCCAGCGGGAAUCUUUAUUGAAGUUCGGUCCAGUGCGCUGCUCGAAGGGUGAGAGGGUCAGUUACUGUUUGGAAUGUUUGUUCUCACUUGUGGAGCAGGCUCAGUAUCUACAGCAUCGACGUUGGCCAGUUGAAUGGGGAUGGUGCCGCGAUCUCCAAUCUUUUAUCUUUGUGUUUGAAAGGCACAACAGGAUAGUGCUUGAACGACCUGAGUAUGGUUAUGCAACAUACUUUUUUGAAUUGGUAGAUUCCUUGCCUAUAGCUUGGCAAAUCAAACGGCUAGUAACUGCCAUGAAGCUUACCAGCUGUAGUAGGACUACUUUAAUUGAGAACAGAGCACUGAUGGUUGGUGAUGAUUUGAGCGAGGGAGAAGCGAAGGUGUUGAUGGAAUAUGGUUGGAUACCAAACACUGGUCUUGGCUCGAUGCUCAACUACUAUGACCGGGUUUUUCACGACAGGAGGAAUGAGAAGGAUGGAUCUGAGUGGAGAUCAAAGAUUGGGAAGUUGCUUAUGGAUGGGUAUAACAGCGGCACCAUAAUCCCUAAUGGUAUCCCCACAAAGGUUAUGGAAUACAAUGCUGCGAAUGGUGUGGAAAUUAAGGUAGAGCUUAGUUGAAGUUAGUUUAACUGUAAAUUUUGUUGUCAAUAUAGCAGAGCAGGCAGUAGAAUGACUCAUGUUGAUGGUCAGGUUUGAAAGAGAAAUUUUUUUUGAACUGAUCUCUGUUCAAAUUAAUUUAAUUGGGGAAUCACUGUUUUGUGAUCUGAAACUGUCAUGCGUUUGUUUAUUGUUCUGGAUGAGAAGUUAUGUAACUACUCCACUUAGUUGAGGACUUUUAUUUCUUCAGUCA